CCCCAGCUCAGACCCAGACCCAGGACCAGACCCAGACCCAGGACCAGAACCAGGACGGAACCGCGUCAGGAGGGUCCGGACCCGGGCUGUCCGGUGCGCGCUCAUGGCAGGAGGCGCGCGGAGUGUUUUGACGUAGACGCGUUCUCGUAUGGGAGUCUCGCGCGGACACUUGUGGACCGGCUGAACCGGGUCGCGCGGGUCCAGGAGUCCGGUUCGGAAGUCACCAUGGGACGCGUCCGCUUCCGUCCAGGAUGAGCCACCGCAGCCCCGCAAAGGCCUACGACUUCCUGCUCAAGUUCCUGCUGGUGGGAGACAGCGAUGUGGGCAAAGGGGAGAUCCUGUCCAGCCUGGAGGACGGGGCCAGCGAGACCCCCUACGGACACAACAUGGGUAUCGACUAUAAGACGACCACCAUCCUCCUGGACGGCAGACGAGUGAAGCUGCAGCUCUGGGACACAUCUGGUCAGGGCCGAUUCUGCACCAUUUUCAGAUCCUAUUCCAGAGGAGCACAGGGGGUUAUUCUGGUUUACGACAUCACUAACCGCUGGUCGUUUGAUGGAAUCGACAGAUGGAUCAAAGAGAUCGACGAGCAUGCCCCGGGGGUGCCUAAGAUCCUGGUGGGGAACCGCCUCCACCUGGCCUACAAACGUCAGGUGACCACGGAGCAGGCCCAGGUGUACGCUGAGCGGCUGGGCGUCACCUUCUUCGAGGUCAGUCCUCUGUGCAACUUCAACAUCACCGAGUCGUUCACGGAGCUGGCACGCAUCGUCCUGAUGCGACAUGGCAUGGAGCGUCUGUGGAGGCCCAGCAGAGUUCUGAGUCUUCAGGACCUGUGCUGCCGCUCCAUCGUCUCCUGUACUCCGGUCCACCUGGUCGAUAAGCUGCCCCUCCCUCUGGCCCUUAAGUCCCACCUUAAGUCCUUCUCCGUGGCCAACGGCCUCAACGCCCGCAUGAUGCACGGCCGCUCCUACUCCGUCACCGCCCACGCCGCCACCAAGAGGACGGGAGGGACGCUGCUGAAAAAACCCAAACUGAUCCGAGCUCCGCCCCUCAGCCCGUCCGCACAGAGCUGCACCAGGAACAGCUGUAAAAUCUCCUAACGGCACGCCGUGUCGGCGAACGCAGCUCCGUCUGAUGUCAGGGGUUAAAGUAGCGCCCCCACGCCCACAGCUCUUCAUCAGUUGGUUUUAUUUAAAGACUGAGAGGAUGACGCCUGCUGCUCCAAACACUGCGAAAACAGUGAAGAGAGGAAACAAAUACAGAGGAAAGAAACAGAGCGUGUGUUUUCUCAUCAGUGGUUUCAUAUCACGACUUGACAGAAACACUGAACACAACAGACAUGCAUUUUACUGUUCCAUGGAAAUAGUUUCACCACAACACUAUCAGAUCAUCAGAUGGUUUCAAAUCAACCAGAAACAGGACGUUCUGGUGUUUGAAUUUCCUCAGACAGAACUAUUGGUCGGAUUUAUUGCAAAUUUUAUAUGUACCUUUCUUUGAACAAUGUCUACAAAUUAUGUUCACAGUUUUCAGAAGUUUUACUUUUGGAAUUUUUGAUUUUUUUUUUAAA